GGAUAUACUUGCCAGUGGCCGCGAGGGAAGGGGAGAUCACGGGGACAUUUCAGGCCAAAAAACCGCAAAAAUGGCGAGUGUUUCUUACCACAUCGCCAACCUGCUGGAGAAAAUGACCAGUACGGACAAGGACUACCGCUUCAUGGCCACCAACGACCUGAUGACAGAGCUGCAGAAGGACUCCAUCAAACUGGAUGACGACUCGGAAAGGAAGGUCGUCAAGAUGCUCCUGAGACUCCUCGAAGAUAAGAACGGCGAAGUGCAGAACCUCGCUGUUAAAUGCCUGGGUCCACUAGUAAACAAAGUGAAGGAGUUCCACGUGUAUUCCAUCGUGGAGAGCCUGUGCGACCACAUGGUGAGCGAGAGGGAGCAGCUGAGAGACAUGUCAUCACUGGCCCUCAAGACAGUCAUCAACGAGCUGCCUGCUUCCUCCACCGCCCUCGUCGCUAACAUAUGCAAGAGAGUUACCGACAGACUUUCCGAGGCCAUCGUCAGGCAAGAGGACGUCAGCGUACAGUUGGAGGCGCUGGACAUCCUUGGCGACCUCCUAGCACGUUUUGGCUCCCUGCUGGUGUCCUUCCAUCCAAACAUCCUUGACGCUUUGUUGCCCCAGCUGGCCUCGCCCCGCCUGGCCGUCAGGAAACGAACCAUCAUAGCGCUGAGUCACCUGGUCGUCUCCUGCUCCCCUCAGAUCUAUGCAAGGCUCAUGGAUUUCCUUAUAGAAGAGCUGGCCAAGAAUUCGUCCAUGUCCACCACCAGGACUUAUAUUCAGUGUAUUGCUGCUAUCAGCCGCCAAGCGGGGCACCGGUUUGGGGAGUACCUGGAGCGUGUGAUGCCUCUCAUUGUGCAGUACGUGGCGGUGGAUGACGAUGAGCUGCGGGAGUACUGCAUCUCUGCCUGCGAGGCCUUCACUCUCCGCUGCCCCAAGGAGAUCACACCACAUCUCUCCACUAUUGUUGAAAUGUGCCUGAAAUACAUCACACACGACCCCAACUACAACUACGACGACUAUGAUGACGACGAGGGGCAGAUGGACAUGGAUGAGGAUGACGAUGGUGAGGAGGAUGACGAGUACUCAGAUGAUGAUGACAUGUCCUGGAAGGUGCGUCGUUCAUCAGCCAAGUGUCUGGAAGCUGUGAUAUCCACCAGACAUGAGAUGCUGAUUGAGUUCUACAAGACAGUCUCCCCACAACUCAUUAACCGGUUCAAAGAGAGGGAGGAGAAUGUGAAGGUGGACAUCUUUCACGCCUACAUGGCCCUGCUGAGACAAACCCGCCCCUCUCUUAGUCUCAGCCUGGACCCCGACGCCAUGGAACAGGAGGAGGGCACCAUCUCAAUGUUAAAACAGCAGGUGCCGGCUCUGGUGAAGUCUGUGCACCGACAGAUGAAGGAGAAGAGCAUCAAGACUCGCCAGGGAUGCUUUGCCCUCCUUACAGAACUGGUACAAGUCUAUCCCGGCGCCCUCACACACCACAUCCCCGCCCUCAUCCCUGGCAUACAGUUCUCCCUCGGGGACAAGAACAGCAGCAGCAACAUGAAGAUUGACACCCUGGCCUUCGUUCACUGCCUACUGGUGCAUCACAGUGGGGAAGUAUUUCACCAGCACAUCGGGGAGCUGCUGCCCCCCGUGGUGACCUGCGUGGCUGAUCCCUUCUACAAGAUCACCGCAGAGGCCUUGCUUGUCCUGCAGCAGAUUGUCAAGGUCAUCAGGCCACUUGACCUGGCCUCAUCAUUUGACUUCACCCCAUACACCGGCGACCUGUACCACUGCACGCUGGCCAGGCUGAGGGCAGCCGACCUGGACCAGGAGGUGAAGGAGCGGGCCAUCGCCUGCAUGGGCCAGAUCAUCUCACACCUCGGCGACCACCUGCAGGGUGAACUGGGCACAUGUCUCCCAAUCUUCCUUGACCGGCUGCGCAACGAGAUCACACGCCUCACCACAGUCAAGGCGCUCACCAAGGUCGCCGCCUCACCACUGCGUAUUGACCUCCGACCCAUCCUUGGCGAGGCCCUUCCCGUCCUCGCCUCCUUCCUGCGCAAGAACCAGCGGGCACUCAAACUGGCAACUCUCACCCUGCUGGACACCGUGGUCACUAAUUACUCCACAGCGCUCAGUCCUCAGAUGCUGGAUAAGGUGCUGGUGGAGUUGCCGCCCCUCAUCAACGAGUCAGACCUGCACAUCGCCCAGCUGUGCCUCACCCUGCUCACCUCCACCGCCAAGCUGCACAAGGCCUCCCUCGGCAACUUCCUGCAGCUCAUCAUGCCCGACGUGAUGGCUCUCGUCCGCUCCCCUCUGCUGCAAGGAGGUGCACUGAAGGCUAUGCAGGAUCUCUUUGAGGCAGUGGUGAGGGCGGGGCUGCCUGGGCUCGGCUACCAAGACAUCCUCACACACCUCCUGGCUCCUCUUGUCUCACCACAGGCAUCUAAUAUACACAAGCAGGCUUACCACUCAAUGGCCAAGUGUGUGGCAGCCCUGACCCUGACACACCCCAGUGAGGCAGUGGGCGUGGUGAAUCGCUUCCUGAUGGAUGUCACCAACCCACGCUCACCCACAGUCCAGUCCUUCUCCCUCCUGGCCAUUGGGGAGAUUGGAAAGCAUAUAGACUUGAGUGGCAUUCCUCAGCUGAAGGAUGCAGUGGUGGCAUCCUUCAGCUCUUCUUCAGAGGAGGUGAAGUCAGCAGCGUCCUAUGCCCUGGGCCACCUCAGCUGCGGCAACCUGCAGGAGUAUCUUCCCUUCGUCCUGUCCGAGAUUGAGGCUAACCCCAAGCGACAGUACCUCCUCCUUCACUCCCUUAAAGAAAUCAUCAGCCUUCAGAGCAAGAGUGCCGAGGGUGUGAAGGUCUUGCAGGGUUUCGUGAGUGACAUCUGGGCGCAGCUGUUCCGCCAUACAGAGUGUGUGGAGGAGGGCACCAGAAAUGUCGUGGCAGAGUGUCUUGGUAAACUGACGCUCAUUAACCCCUCAGCUCUCCUCCCCAAGCUGCAGGAGUCCCUCAAGACAGACUCACCAAUGAUGCGCACCACUAUUGUCACUGCCAUUAAGUUCACCAUUUCAGAUCAGCCCACAGCCAUCGACAGCUUACUCCGGCACAGCAUUGGUGACUUCCUCUCCACCUUACAAGACCCUGAUCUAAACGUGCGUCGUGUGGCUCUGGUUGCCUUCAAUUCUGCCGCACACAACAAGCCAUCUCUCGUCCGUGAUCUUCUUGACACCAUCCUGCCUCAGCUCUACAAUGAAACCAAAGUCAGGAAAGAGUUGAUUCGCGAGGUCGAGAUGGGUCCCUUCAAGCACACAGUGGAUGACGGGCUGGACAUCCGCAAGGCAGCGUUCGAGUGCAUGUACACCCUCCUGGAGACCUGCCUGGACCGUGUGGAUAUCUAUGUGUUCCUGGAGCAUGUGGAGGGCGGGCUCAGGGACCACUAUGACAUCAAAAUGCUCACCUAUCUUAUGCUGACACGGCUGGCCCAUCUGUGUCCCCAGGCUGUCCUGCAGAGACUGGAGCGACUCGUGGAACCCUUGCGGACCACAGUGACCACCAAAGUGAAGGCCAACUCGGUCAAACAGGAGUACGAGAAGCAGGAUGAACUGAAGAGGUCUGCGAUGAGAGCCGUGGCCGCCCUCCUCACAAUCCCCGAUGCCGAUAAGAACCCACAGCUUUCCGAAUUCGUCGCCCAUAUCAAGUCAACGCCGGAGCUCCAGUCCUUGUUUGAGAGCAUCCAACGCGAUGCCUGCCCCACACACGACGCCAUGAUGGACUUGAGUUGAGCGUGUCUGGCCUGCGUCCCCGCCAAGCUGUGCAUCGCUGGAGGUGAUGGGAAGUGUAAGGAAGGUUUUAAGGGUCUAGUGUUGCCUGCUCCACUGCUACUGUUGCUGCUGGUGGUGGUGGGGCCUGUUUGACACCUUGCAGACUUGUAGAGGGAGAGAGAGGGAGAGUGUACUUGAUACAGGAAGAGAGAGGUAGAGAGAGUUUUAAAAGUUUUCCAUUCAGUGUCUCUCCCUGCAUGAACAUUCUAAACUUGAGAAAGAGAGAGGGAGGGAAAAGAAGGAAGGAAAGAGUUGAAAAGUACUUCUUAUAAUCUUUCUUUCCUUCCUUCUAUCUCUUAUGGCUCAGAAAAGGAGAUGAAGAGAGAAUUUAGAAGUACUUGUAAUUUCUCUUUCCUUCUUUCUCAAGGCUCAGAAAAAAUAGAGAGAAAGAGGAGAGAAUAGAGACUUAAAAUGACUUCUUAGGAUCUCUUUUUUUUUUUCCUUUUGUGAAUGAGAGAGAGAGAAAGAGAGAGAGAGAGGAAAAGAUAGAAAGAUCAGAGAUAUAUCUUAAGACCUCUUCCUUCUCCUCUUACAACUAGAGAAAGAGAGAGAGAGAGAGAGAAGGUGCCCUCUUAAACUCGUCAUUCUGUUCCUCUUACAAACCAGAGAGAGAGAGAGAGAGAGAGAGAGAGAGAAGAAGAACAAGAACAAGUGUAUCUCUCAUCUCUCUCCUCUUCUCUUCUCUCAUACAAACCAGAAAAAGAGAUGGAGAGACAGAUUAAGAUGAUCCUCUCAUGAAAAAUAAGAGAAAGAGAAGUUGUAAAAAGUCAACCCAUAUUCUCCUCCUCUUCCUCCUCUUAUCCUUUCUCCUCCUCCUCUUACCCUUUCUCCUCCUCCUCCUCCUCCUCCUCCUCCUGCUGCUGCUGCUGCAUAUAGUGAUUGGAGAGAGUGAGUAUGGUGAGGCAAUGUUUUUUAGUGUUUGCAGCGCAGUGAAUCCCUUAAAGAGAAGAAAAGAAAGAAAACAGACAAAUUUGUGUUUUUUUGUGUGUGUGUUUAUUGCCGGAAAAGACAAAAUUAAGUGAAGUUGAAUGUUUUUGUAGUUUUGAGUUUGUUAUUGAGUCAUUUUAUUUUAUUAUUUUUUUUUUUUUUUUUUUUUUUAGUUUGGUGAAUGGAAAGAAGUAAAAAUUUGUGAUGACCUGCUGUGAAUGCAAAAAAUGAAAAAGAAAAAUAGACAAAAGUGAACAAAUGUAGAAAAUCUCAUUGUUUAGUUUGAUUUUAUUGUUUUUGAGUUUUGUGAAUACUGGCAAAAAAAAAUCGAAAUUUUAGCGAAAGUGGGAAAAACCAAAAAUUAAUAAAAACCCAUUAUUAUAACAUUUUGUAAUUGAGAUUGUAACAAAAAAUGAAGAAGCCACAGUUGAAAUAUUACAAAGAAUUACACUACCUAUUUAAGACUUACUGGUUACAAUGACACACUUUUAUUUACACGACUCUAUUAAUUCUGAAUGUUCUCGUUUUCUUUCUCCAUCCCAUUUUUUGUUCCAUGAAAUGAUGGGGGACUGAAGAAGAAGAAGAAGCAGCUUGUUAUGCUUAAAAUAAAUAAAACAAAAAAAGAAAGAAAAAAAA